AAAGAAGGAGAACAAAAUCACAAAGUCCGACUAGCAUUUGGGAAUGGAAUAAGAAGUGAUGUAUGGAAGGAAUUUUUAGACAGAUUUGGUGCUGUUAAGAUCUGUGAGUUUUAUGCUGCAACUGAAGGAAACACUUGUUUCAUGAACCAUACAGGAAGAAUUGGAUCUGUUGGACGCACCAAUUUCUUUUCUAAGCUUUUUUCCCCAUUUGAUUUAAUCAAGUAUAAUUUCCAAAAAGAAGAACCAAUUAGAAAUAGGCUUGGUUGGUGUGAAAAAGUUAAGAAAGGUGAGGCUGGUCUUCUCAUUUCCAAAGUCAAUGCAAGGAACCCCUUCUUUGGUUACGCUGGCAAUAAGAGAUACACGGAAAAUAAAUUACUCUGUGAUGUAUUUAAGAGGGGAGAUCUUUAUUUUAACGCUGGAGAUCUAAUGGUUCAAGACCAUGACAAUUUUCUGUAUUUUUGGGACAGGAUUGGAGAUACCUUCAGAUGGAAAGGAGAGAAUGUUGCAACUACAGAAGUUUCUGAUGUCCUUUUGAUGUUGGACUUCAUAGAAGAAGCAAAUGUGUAUGGUGUACCUCAGCCAAGUCAUGAAGGAAAAGCAGGCAUGGCCUCUCUUACUUUAAAGCAGAAUACAUCAUUAGACUUGGAGCAAAUGCAUCAGCAAGUAGUGACCUACCUACCAAGCUAUGCUUGCCCCCUUUUCUUAAGAGUCCAG